AUGCCAACAGACCAUCCUCGACGGUCGAUCGUGCUUGAAGACUUAGGUUCUAGUUAUAGUGUCCUGUUUCGAAUAACAAGAGCACUAGAUUAUCUGGAGAAGGCGUCGCAGCUCAGCCAAGAGGUCGUCGACCACACCCCGCAGAACCAUCCUGAGCGAGUUCCUCGGCUAUUGGACGCUGGAAUCGAUCACAUGGAUAUAUAUAGCAACAAUGGCGACUCUACGCACUUAGAACUAGCCCUUGGGAGUUUUUCCAAGGCACUCGAUGCUGCAAAGGAGAAUCAUCCACGCCUCCACACCUGCAAUUCAAGUCUAGCAAUUGCAUUCAGAUACCGAUUCUUCAAGGACGGCAAUAUGUUAGAUCUAGACGCGGCUAUCCAACAUUUCGAGCAGGCGAUUCACUUGGUCACCACCGACCACCACAAACGAGUACGCUGGCUUCAAGAUGUUGGCGCGUGCUAUGGGGAGCGGUUUCGGAAAACACAAGAUAUUGCAGAUUUCUCCCGAGCAAUUGAAAGAGUUGAAGAGUCCCUCGAAACAGCAGACGACUUGCUCUCUCGUGCACGUGGCUAUAGCAUUCUCGGAUCAAGCUAUGGACUGAAGUCUAAACAAACUGGUGCCAUGCAGGACCUCGACCUAUCCAUUCAAAUGAGCCACCGUGCACUAGCGAUAACACCGCGCGACUCCCCGGAUAGAACGCGUCGUCUACACAUUCUUGGUGCAUGUUACGGUACCAAAUAUGAUAGACUUGGGAUACCAAAGGAUUUGGAUAUUUGCAUAGAGAGAUAUCGAGAGGCGUUAGACGACAGCCCGCAUGACAGUUCUGAUCGUGGACUACGGCUUUGUAGUUUAGGGGGUGCAUAUCUGGAUAGAUAUCAAAGGUUCAAGGCUUGGGAAGAUCUGUCUGAUGCCAUUGAUGGAUUAGAGGAGGCUAUUCAGGUUGCUGUUACUCCAAGCGACCAUCCGGAUCGCGCUCGUCGCAUCCACAGUCUGGGAAUCGCAUUUCAAGAGCUAUAUCUUGGAACAGGAAAGACAACAGAUUUUGUUAUUGCUGUUCAGUAUCUGAAAGAUGCUCUCAACCUAACACCAGCCGAUGAUUGCGACCGGCCCGCUCGCUUUGAUACCCUGGGAAGCAUUCAUCAUCACCACUAUAAAAUAAGUGGUGAGACAGCAGACCUUCUCAAAGCUAGAGACUAUUACCACGAGGCGCUUCAAAUUACACCAGCAGACCAUCCUGAUGAGAAACACAGGCUUGGAGGCGUCGCUACUUGUCAUCAUGACUUAUUUCUAAGUGCCGGGUCGUUAGCAGACAUAGACUUAGCCAUUGACAGAUAUCGAAAGGCGCUUGAGUUGACGCCAAGAGACAGCCCCAUGGGCUGGUUUCGACUUCACAAUCUCGGGAUGGCAUACAGAGACAGAUAUAGGAAGAAUAAGGACGCGGAAGACCUGGAGGCGGCAAUCCAACACUACCAAGCAGGGCUUGACCACCCAACAGCCUUUGCAGCAGACCGUUUAAAGUCUGGCCAGGAUCUGCUCAUUAUCUACGCCGAUACCGACAGUUGGACGUCUGGAUGUGAAAUUGCCUGGAAAACCUUGUCUCUGGUCCCACUAAUUACGCCUGAUGCCUUGAGAAAUUCAGACAAGCAGGCUUUACUUGUGAGUAUUGUUGGCUUGUCAUCUAUAGCCGCGAGUGUUGCCUUGAUGGCGAACAAAUCUGUCUUUGACACAAUCUCGCUUCUGGAGCUUGGCCGUGGGAUCAUUAUUGGCUCUUUGCACGAUAUGCAGACUGAUGUCUUAGACUUGCGCCAAGGUCAUUCCAAUUUGGCGGAAGAAUAUAUCAAGCUUCAAGAGAAGCUUCAUGGCUCAAGCGCUUUGACAAGCUUCGACGAGCGCUAUAAGGCAGGUCAGCAAUAUGAAAUAUUGCUUCAGAAAAUUAGAGACUUGCCCGGUUUCAGCGAGUUUCUCCUGUUCCCAGCACACGAUGACAUCAAAGCCGCCGCUGCUUCUGGUCCCAUUGUAAUAAUCAAUGUUAGCACUUACAGGUGCGAUGCUUUGCUCAUUGAGCGUCACCAGCUAAGCACGUUGCCUCUCCCAGACUUAUGUCCAGAAGACAUCAGUGUUCGUGCAACUACCCUUGCAUCCCUCUCUACGGAUACACUAGAGUGGCUUUGGGAUACUGUUACUCGGCCAGUGCUAGAGGCGCUGAGACUUGAUCAAGCACCCGGGGACAGUUGGCCUCGCAUAUGGUGGAUUCCUACGGGGCCACUUACAAGCUUUCCUCUUCAUGCGGCGGGCAACUAUAAUGAUGGCAUAUUCGACACAGUCCUCGAACAUGUGAUUUCGUCAUACAGCAGCUCUCUCAAGGAGAUAAUAAAUAGUCGACGAAGGAAUAAGAAUCGCGAUGUACGUAUUAGUCCCAAAAAGGUGGUUUUAGUUGGCAUGGAAGAAACGCCGGGCCAAAGCCGUCUCGAAUUUGCGUCGCAAGAAGUCGAACAAAUCGCAAAGCUUUGCAACUUUUCUCAGUUCCAUGUCAGCAGGCCCGAGAACCGACGAGAGGAUGUCUUGGCUCAAGUCAAUGGCUGUGACAUUUUCCACUUUGCUGGCCAUGGGAUGAGUAACUUGUCCAACCCACUGAAAAGCUCUCUGCUCCUUUGCGACGGGCCACUGACGGUGUCGAGGCUUCUUGAAACCGACCUGCGGAUCCAAAGACCGUUCUUGGCAUAUCUUUCCGCUUGUGGUACCGGCCAGGUGAAGCAGAGGCGGCUUGAAGACGAAGGAAUUCACCUGAUGAGCGCCUGUCAGGUCGCCGGCUUCCAACAUGCCAUCGGCAGUUUAUGGGAGGUCAACGACGAGUCUUGCGUACACAUAGCCAUGGCAACAUAUGAGUGGAUCCUCGAGCAUAAUCUGAGCAAUGAUUCUGUCUCCGAGGGACUUCAUCAUGCAUGCAGGAAGCUACGGCAUGAAUGGAUGUCGAAAAACUCACUUGAAGACGAAAAGUCUCGUGAACCAGGCGUGAAAAUUGGGGACAAAGACCCAUAUUCUGAUCAAGAUGUCAUCCCAAGCUUAAACCGGCCAAAAGACGCAAGGGAUAUCUUGUAUUGCGGCCAUUCGCCGCUUCUCUGGGUUCCUUAUGUCCAUUACGGAGUCUGA